AUAAAAGCAUUUUUUAAAAUAUUAUAGAAAAAAGAUAGUUUUUUAUUGUAAAAGCCUAUAAAAUUAAUUGUUUAAUUAGAUUAGAAUUAGUUAUAAAAAAACGAAAAAUUAUUAAAAGCUUUUAAUGCAUUUUCUUAAGCUAAUUGUGAAUUUUCAUUUUAAAGUAAACCAAUCUAAUAAAAAGGAUAUUUCUUUUUUAAUUUUAAUGAAGAUAAAAUUAUUGAGGAAUAUUCAAAGGCAUAUAAUUAAUAAUAUUCUAAUAUGAAUGAUGAUUUAAAUAGAUUUAAGAAAGCUAGAAAUAUUGAAGUAAUCUAUUUGAAUUAGUCUGUAGUAAGAACUUAAAUUACAGUUGAUGUAAAUAAGCAUUUGAUGAUUUCAAAAAUUAUUAUAUGA